CACUCAGGUGAGUUGGCCAGCUCAGCUCUGCUCCGCUCGGCUCAGCCACGCAACAACAUUACAUCUACUGAAAACAUGGCUGCUUCUGUACGGGUGAGGACGUGGAAUUUCAGAAAUACAUCAGUGAAACCCUGGCUCCUGCUUUUGACAGGAAUUGUUUUUCUAGGCGACGUAAAUAGCAGGGUCAUGGCAGCUCCAGAACCAGGACAAUGGAGUAUUACAGUUGUCAAUACCUCAAGACCCUUGCUUUUGAGGAAAUCCAUGUAUAAAGACACCGACAUCAAAUUGAAAGUGGUGUCCUUUGGCUGUCCAGAGGAGGUGACAUUUACCAUUCAAUGGUACUUGAAGUACUAUCCCUGUCACAAUGAAUUCAAUAAUAUUGAGGAAAUGUAUGAGAGGACGCCGCUGAGUCGAGGACAGAGCAUGGAUCCAAACCCGCUGGGUCCAGGGGAAUGCAUCGAGCACAAGCACAAACCCUUGACCUGCAACAAAGACCUGCGUUUCUUCCCAAUGCUUAAUAAAGCCAAGGCGGAACCACGGCCUGUUGUACCGCCUGUUGAAGAGGUUGCGGGUUCGGAUGAAAACUACACCAAGUGGACGACAGAGGAGUAUGACCGAGUCUUCAGUUUUAAGAACGCCAGUGUGUCACUUAAAGACGAUGUCAUCGCCACCACAUGGAAAGAUGGCCCAUAUCUGCUCGUGGUCGUGAUUAAGUCCGACAAACCGGAGGCGAAUUGGAAUCUAACUGUCAAUGUGGUAAUGAAAGGGACUCAUGGUUACAUCUCCAUCACUGAAUGGCCUCUAAUGACUUUUUACAUGCUGAUGUGUGUUGUGUACAUCCUGUACGCCUUGCUCUGGUUUAUGUGGGCUGCCUGCUACUGGAAGGACCUGCUGAGGAUCCAGUUCUGGAUAGCUGGAGUUAUCUUCCUCGGCAUGGUGGAGAAGGCUGUGUUCUGUGCCGAGUAUGAGAACACCAACAUGGUCGGGGCAGCCUCUCCGGGCCUGCUGAUCUUUGCCGAACUCAUCUCUGCCCUGAAAAGAACCCUGGCACGGCUGCUCGUCAUCAUCGUCAGUCUGGGAUAUGGCAUAGUCAAGCCUCGACUGGGUACAGUGAUGCACCGAGUGGUGGGACUGGGUGUCCUGUACUUUGCCUUUGCUGCCAUCGAGGGCGUUCUCAGGAUUACGGGUGGUCGUGACAACGGCCCGGCGCUCAUUACUGCCAUUGCUUUAGCUGUGAUGGACUCCUGUGUUGUCUGGUUCAUAUUCGUGAGCCUGGCUCAAACCAUAAAGACACUGAAACUGAGGAGAAAUCCAGUCAAGCUGUCUCUGUAUAGACAUUUUACCAACACACUCAUCUUCGCAAUCUUAGCUUCAAUAAUUUUCAUGGUGUGGACAACAAAGAAAUUCAGACUAGCAGAAUGUCAAUCCGACUGGAUGGAGCUCUGGGUAGAUGAUGCCUUCUGGAGGUUCCUGUUCUCCAUCAUACUGUUGGUUAUCAUGUUCUUAUGGAGGCCGUCUGCUAACAACCAGAGGUAUGCGUUUACCCCUCUGAUGGAUGACUCUGACGAUGAGGAGAUAGAGGAGUUCCUGGUGUCAGCUAAUAUAGCUGAUGGCAUAAAGCUAAGAGCGACCAACUCUAAGAAUGAGACUAACGGCUCAGCCAAGCCUCCAGGACCCAACCCGGAUGAAGACUUGAAAUGGGUGGAAGAGAACAUCCCUACCUCUCUAACGGAUGUAGCGCUACCUGUCCUUCUGGAUUCUGAUGAGGAAAUCAUGACCACAAAAUACGAAAUGUCCAAAAUGGAGUAACACAGGUAGUCUUCUACCAACGGUGGGUGCAGAUCAGAUUGGUUCCUUCUGAGAUUGGGUCCGGUUCAUGGCAUGGAAGAGACUGAUAUUUUGGAGUGUGGAACCUGUCAUGUUCUUUCCAAGACUCGAACCUAUGAUGGUCUCUACAACAUUACUGGGAUGUAACUCAGCACCAUUGACUGCAGUCAGCAGGGUCUUUUUCAUUGUGCGUCACAUGGAAGAAAACGGAUUGAAACGACCUGAACUUGUCCAAUGAGAAAUUUUAGUUUUUAUUUCCGUACUUAGCUUUUAUGUUAAAUGCUUUAUUUAUUAAUGUUUUCGCUGACUAAAGUGGACAUACUGUUUCUUGGAGAUAAGAGGUCUUUAUAUUGUUUUAAAACCAAUUGGAUACAUUACAUAAUGGCCAUUUUUAUUUUGAUAGAUACGAAUCUGGAAUCUCUAUUAACCAUUCAAUAUGCUUCCGAACCAAAGUAUAGUGUGUGUUUUGGUUUUACAGAUUGACCAGAAAUCCUCACAAGUAUAGUAAAACAUUUUUGCCGGUCCCCAUGUUGACGACAUAAAUUUCCGGUGUAUGGGUUAAAAUCAGAAUUAGACUUACAAGUAGGGUUAGUGCCAGAAUUGAGGUUUAGGCAUUAGGGUUUAGGAUUAAGGUUGUGCUGGGUAACGUUUAAGCAAACAUAUUAAGUUGUUGAGGUUGGAUUUUUGUUUUAAUUGUCCUCAUGAGUAUAGAAAUGCAAGAAUGUGCAUGGUUAUCUAGGAUGUGACGCAAGUUGUGAGUUGCGCAGUACUAAACAGAAAUGUUCAGGUCAAUGCACCUGUAGAACUGCAUGGCUGUGGUCUGUUCAGAAGGAUGCAACACCAAACCGCAUUCAGAUAGAAAUGUAUAGCGUAGCACGUGUGUGUGUGUGUGUGCGUGCGUGUGCGUGUGUGUGCGUGCGUGUGUCUAUACGUGUGUGUGUGCGUGCGUGCGUGUGUCUGUGUGUAAUGAAUAGAUCGAAGUCGCUCUGGAUGGGAUUGUUUUCUCAAUGGCUAAAAUGUAAAUGUAACUAAAAGGAUUCUUUGUUUCAUCUGCAACAUUCACAACACGUCCCUUUGCUGAAUGCACCGCCACGGAGCGGUUGGUUGAGGAAUUGCUGUAGUUCUGGCCCAUGAUCUUCAGCAGUUGUGUGUUUUAGAUAUCAAAGAAAUGUGUAGUGGAAUCUUUGUCCCACAUCACAGUGGCCGUAGGCGUUGGCCAAUCAGGACAGCAGGGCGAGGCUGGUCAUUGACUAGCUGUGUUUUUAAUGAGCAGAGGGAGAGUCUUUAGCUUGCUUCCCUAUCUGCAACAGUGUUUUACAAUGUCUAAAGAAGUUGGGCAGCCAGCACAACACACCUGGGGCCAGGCUAUGGCACUUGUUUUCUCUGGUAAAAUAAAGAGCAAUAUUACCUGAGCUCGAUUUUUGGUGUCCUAAAUGGGACCUUAAUCCCUAUGUAUUGUGCUUCUGUUGACUGAAGGACCCCCGUGGCAUUUAGGACUAAAAUUUUCAUUUAACCCCCCCCCC